AUGUCAGCAGAGGUGCUUCGCUUGAAGGAGGAGGGCAAUGCGCUGUUCUGCAAACACGAGUACGCAGCGGCCCACCAGAAGUAUUCGGAUGCUCUUGCACACGAUGACAAGAACGCCGUACUGUAUUCGAAUCGUGCAGCUUGCUCAUUAGGCUUAUCAAGGCGACGCAGAUCGAUCCGAAAUAUGCCAAGGCAUGGGCGCUCUCUUUGCGAGCAUGAAAAAAGCCGAGAAUCUUGGGCGAAAGCUCUUGGUGCCCUUCCGGCUGUGGGUCUCACAGCAGCAGAAGAGAGGCAGAAGAAGCAAUACACAGACGAACUAAAGAAUACCGUUGAGGCACUCAGCAACCGUCCAGGGCAGGUACCGUAUGUCACUGUCAAAGCGGCGGACGCGCCAUGGGUAAGAGCCGAGGCCAUGAGUGCACGGCUACGAACCGAUCCCACACUUAUGCAAAGCAGUGAUUGGAAGGAGGGUCUGAGGAUGAUGAAGCAGCUAAAGACGACCAAAAUCAGAGGGACAAUCGCGCUAUCAGGAUAUACCGGAAAACGGCAGCGCAUUGAUGGGUGGGAUGGUGUACGCCCAGCCUUGGCAGUCACACUUCGUGGGUGGUUGAUGCGAGGCUUCGAGGCCUUGCAAAUUUCAAACAAAGGCGACGUGGCGCUGGAAUUCUACACGCGCGUUCUGGCUGUGCUGGACUGGGGACGGCACGCUUGGCGGAACGUCUCGAUAAAAGACAAAGGUGCCAUUUUCAUGCCCACUAUUGCUCGAGGCAUAAAGUGCUUGCGUCUAGACGCUAUGAUGGUGAACUUGGCUGCAUUCUGGCUGACCAGUAUUUUCGGUAUAUCAAAAGAUAUGUCGCACAGAGCAGGAUCCUCAGCGCGCCUUGACGGAUCUAUACGAGGAGUCCAAUCAAUUACUGGCAGAGAUGGAAACGGCCCCUGCCGUCUCCCCACCCGGUCCGAUCGACCCUGGAUUCUUUCUGUCGUUCUAUCUCUAUCCAAAGGGCGAGGCACAUUCGUAACAUUUCUUCAGUGCGCCACGGAUGCGCUGCUCGCAUGCAGCACGAUCAAGGAGCUACUUCCUGUGAUGAAACGGUUACGGUUAGCUAUCCCAGAAAUGAAGAAGAUCUGGGAGCAUUCGUCAAUGGCAAGGGAGAGAGACAUGGCUCUGCAGCAUACUCUGCGAUGUGAGGAACAAAUCUUGGAGGGUCUCAAGAAGGGAAACUUCAAGCUGGACGACCAAAUCUCGCGUCAGCUGGGAUAA